UUAGUUACUCUGGUGCAACACAUCAUUUUAUUGAAUCAUAAGAUUCAUGUUCUUUAUGUGUAAAUAAAAAUAACACAAAUAUGUCAGAGGUUGAUUUUCUUGAAGUAUUGAAAAUGUUUAACACUUUUCUUGUACUCAUAGAAAAUCCAAGAGUUAGCCAAGAAACAAAUAUUGAGAAUGUUAUCAAAGCUUUCCAAUGUGCUCAGUUUAUUGAAGUCACAAUUGCUAAAGCAUAUGAAAUAGGCAAAGAAAAUGUCCUUGAUAAUAAUCUUCACAGCCAUUGGUUGAAGGAAAGUAGAUCAAAUUUGUAUAAAUGUUCUGAAUUGAAAAAUGCUUGUGAUAAAUUACUAGAGAUCUAUUUAAAAGACACUAACAUAUCGACUGAUAUUGUGGAUGAGUUUUUAAAAUUGUACAUUCAAUAUUGUGGCAAUGAGAGAUUCAAUGAUUUUCUUAGACGAAUAUUAGUUAACGGAAUAUGUACAAAUAUAGUUAUAGAAUCUUUAGAAAAAUUAGGUGUCUCUGCUUUGGACAUACAGGAUGAAGCUUUAGUCAUUUCUUGGGAAUCUUUAAUUAGUAAUGGUAAUGAGUAUGAGGUUUUGGAAUGUAUUCAUAAAAUGAUUAAUGAUGGUUUUCAUUCGAAACUAGUUCACUUUGCUGCUAAUUUACAUAACAACAGCAAAAGUAAGGAGUUAAUAGUUCAGGUAUUAUCAAACAGACUUGUCCACAAUGAUACAAAUGUUUGUUUAGCUCUUACAAAGGUAAAACAAAAAUUGAUUUGGAAGUUGAUGCAAAAAUAUUCAGAGUUUUACACAAAUUUCCUUGAUAGCAUAUUUUAUUUUGCUCGUCAUAUGAAACAAGUUGAAAAUCAGUGGAUAUCAAAUUGUGAAUUCAAAUAUGUGCAUCUUGUCAAAGUAAUAGAAGUAUUAUUAAAUGGUCCUACAGAAAUUUCAGAAAUAAUAUACAACAGAAUGAAAUUAGUAAAAACACAUCCCAAUGGUACAAUAUGGCAUAAAAUUGAAAAAGAUAUUGGAUGACUUAGUGUGCCAGAUAAUACACCUUU